AUGCCUCCACUAUCACUUUCCCAGAUGCUGAAUAGUGACCCCGGUCCCCCUCCAUCUUUCCCAUCCAGUGACGGUGCCAGCGAGCGGUCAAGGACUGAGUCAAGCCCAACCCCAGACAUUCCUCAUGUCCCUCAUGUCACUCCGAGACCCCCGACACGAAAGCGAGGUCCAGAAGAUCUCGCCCAAUACGCUCUAGCAGUCGCGAAGCAGAAGCGCUUACGCCCAGACACACUCUCGAAAGACGAAAGAAGCAUAUGGUCUGCUGCAACGUUGCUAGGCAUUCGCACCUCAGUCUCCCUCUUGCGCGCUCCAGAUGUCUGGACGGUGCCUGAUGCUCUGAAGAAAAAGAUUGAUCUUUAUUCAGCUUCGGUAAUCCUGUCUCCGAAGCUCCCGGCAUAUGUUAAGGAUGAUGCUGCACGGAAAAUCGUGAUUGCAGUGCUUAAGCGGCACCCAAGCUGGGGCCUCACGCCAGAAGUCCAGGAUACACCAGCGCAAUAUGAUGCAGUUGUCGCUCUCGUAUCAGCGAAGCUAACAGACAGAAGGUAUUCUGUCAAGAAAUUGAUCGCAGAUAGCGUUGGCAAAGCCUCCGAAGAUCCUCAAGACAUACGGCGCGAGGAUGCAGAUGACAUCAUCACACUCUGCAAUACGCUGGUCAAGAAGGUCUUCAAACGUGCAAAUGUCGUCGUGACUGUGCCGAUGUGUGGGAGAGUGGCAUUCCUGCGGCAAGUAUACAUUGAACAUCCUAAGGCUGGAGAUAAGUUCUGGAGUACUGUGGAUAAAAGCCUCCACGAUUUUCGUGUUACCUUCCCAAACGAGGCACAACUCUCGAGUGCUAUCGGCCGCAUCCUUACGCAGGAUCGUCUAGUGUACGGUACAAUCGAAGACGGAGACCUUGAGGCGAUUGCUGCCAACGCCGGGACUGAGCAGGGGGUGCAGCGCGAAAGUGAAGACGUUAUUUCGGGUACUGCAUCUAGUGUCGCACCUACCGACGAGGCCGACGACAGCGACAGCAGCGAUGAGGAUUGAGGUUGCUCCUAGGGUAGUUUCUGGAGG